AUGAUGGUAGACAGAAUCAAAGCCAAACUAGAUGAGGCCGUGGAGAGUGGAAUGUUCCUAGGUAUUGGAUAUAUUGCGAUGCACAAGAGUGGCAAGAUAAUAUAUUCUGGUGCUCAUGGAAGCCGGCACUUUUCAAAAGCCGAAUCUAUGACGUUAGAAACGGCUGGUUGGGUGGCCUCAAUGACAAAAUUAUUAACCUGCGUUGCCGUAAUGCAACUUGUUGAGAGAGGCCUCGUUGGCUUGGACGACGAUCUCGCAAAGAUUGUUCCAUUUUUAGGCAAAGUACAAAUUUUGACCGACUUUGAUGACAAGACUCAGAGGGCAAAGUUUCGACGUCCUACACAAAAGAUCACUUUACGUCGUCUUUUGACACACUCAAGCGGGUUUAUCUACGAUGGCGAUUCCCCCCCAUAUCUUCAUAAAUGGGUCAUUGCAAAUGGAUUGGAAGGGAAGGACCUCUCAGGUGCAAUUAGUGGCUACGAGCUCCCUCUCGUCUUUAACCCUGGCAUUGAGGCCAUCAGCAAACAAACACUUGAGGAGUACAUGCAGCAAAACAUAUGGUCAAAAGUCGGCAUGUCAAGAACUACCUUUCACCCGGAGAAUCGUACAGAAUAUCCCAUAUUAGAGAUGGGUAUACGUCUUCAUGGACCUGAGAGCCCUCUUACUCCUGGAUUAAAUCCAUGGGGUAAUCCCGCACAUGACGAUCUGGGUGGUGCCGGCCUCUACACGACAACUGAAGACUAUGCAAAGAUGCUAGCUGCUUUGCUACUUGAUGACGGACCUCUGUUAAAAAGAGAAAGUCUAGAGGAGCUUAUACGGCCCAAUCUAUCUCCAGAAAGUAGGGAAUCGUUGCGAGUGCAUCGAUCCAACCGAUAUUACGUCGAAAUUCCUAAUAACUACGAGGUGGACCACGCUCUUGGCGGUCUUCUUGCAGUGGAAGAUAUCCCAGAGCGCAGAAGGAAGGGAAGUAUAUCUUGGGAUGGAAGGUCGAGUCCCUCUUGGAUGAUUGACCGCGCCUCUGGGGUUGCAUGCGUUAUGCUUGUUCAGAUUUUACCCACAGACAUGAUUACUACGAAAAGGUUAUGGAUCGAGCUGGAGACAGAAGUUUACAAGUUGCUCGAGUAG